AUGGAACAGAGGUCGAAUAAGCACCAAAAUAAAUGGGACCGAUCAUUAUUAGGUCGGCUCACAGCUGAUAUCGGUGCUGCAACUGUUUCUGCGACUUUAGUAGCACCUGCAGUGACAAUUAUCGAUCGAGCGCUGGUCGAGAAAUCCCUGUUGAACCAGUCUCUCCUUCGCGGUCUUCGCAAUCAUGCAACAGCAGCACUCAAGCACCCUGCUCGAUUCGUCUUCCAAUUACCCUUUGGCAUCAUCUGGGCCCUUUACGCAGCUACCUUUACCGUCGCCAACGGAACAGACACCAUUGGUAAUGCGAUGAACGCUUCAUCAACAGGCAUGAUUACAUUUCUUUCCACGACGGCGGUAAAUGUCCCUAUGGGCGUAUGGAAAGAUAUGCGAUUUGCGAAAAUCUUCGGUACUCGAGCCGCGCCUGUGGCAGCAGCUGGAGCCCUCGACGUCGCACGACCAGCCAUCGUGCAAAACCGCGCCGUAGCUCGAGCUGCGACGGCGAUUUUUCUUUUGCGCGAUAGCGUUACGAUUUUCGGUUCUUUUACGCUCGCUCCUAAAUUAUCGGAGGUCAUUCCUGAUUCUCUGACGACGCAUCCACAUGCAAAGCCUGUCAUUACACAGUUGACCGUGCCGGUUUUGACGCAAUUAGUGGCUACUCCGUUGCAUUUAUUAGGCUUGGAUCUAUAUGUGCGACAGCAUACAGUGCCUUUGGUUGAUCGUGUGAAGCGCUCACAGCAGUAUUUGGCUUCUACGACUGUUACCCGUUGUAUUCGGAUUAUACCUGCGUUUGGAUUUGGUUGUCUUGCGAAUAUGGAGCUACGAUCAAUGUUUCACGAGAAGUUGAAUUCAUAA